AUGAAGUGGCUCAGCCGCUUGAUGCGGCGUAAAAAGCGCACGCCGCUCCCGCCAAAGCCGUAUGUGGACACAGGCUCAACGGGGCGGCACAUGGUGGACGCGCGGUUGUACGACAGCGAUGACCUUGCCCAGAUCGACCCCGAAAAGCCACACUGGCAGGACAAGCGCUUCGAGUCUCGUGAAAGGGUACCGUUUUUCGAUGUCUUUGGGUACAACCGGGACUGGAGCUGGUCGCUCUUCAAGGUGUCGAGUCUCUUCUUUGUGAUGAUCCUCUACUGGGAGAUGCGCUCUUUCGCCUACAUGAAGAACGACCCACUGAAAAUAACAUCGACGACCACGGUGUCACCCGUACCAGACUACGCCAGGGAUGAAAAGGCGACGGAGGAAGAGCUGCACGAGGCUGGCUUCGCAUAUGUUGGCUUGGAAAAGCUGGACAACCUAGGCAUAUCGGCGUCGUCGUCGUCCGAGGCCGGCCACAAGGCGUGA